AUGCGGCGAAUCUCCUGCCUGGUCGCCCUGUGCGUGGCCUUGCUGGCGCCUACGCUGUGCGCCAGGCCCGUGCGGCGCAUCAGCCAGGUGCAGUUCCCGCCGCCGGACUCUCCGAUCGUGCCCCUGCCCAGCGGCUUGCAGAUUUUCCCCGCGGAGCUGGCCGCCGGGGAGCCCAAGGAGGCGGUGCUGGAGUUCCGGAGACCGCUCCCCAUCGGCUUCUCCGUCCCCAGACUUGGCGCCGAAUUCCCUGACCUGCUGUUCAGCCUGACGGUGACCAACGCCGGCGGCGAGGCGGACAUGUUCUGCCGGCCCACCUCGCGCCCCGGCGACCUGGACCCGGUGUUCGGCAGCGACGCUGUGUGGUCCUCCAACCACAGCGUGGGCACGGACUACGUCUUCAUCUCGCGCAACCACACGCAGUUCAACGAGCAGGUGCGCGCGGAGAACACCGACCAGGGCAUAACCCUGUUCUCGGACAUCCUGUGCAACGUUUGGUCGCUGUCGGAAACCCCCACCAGCGUGGUCGUGGAGCUGGACGUCGUGCCCGGCGUGCGCAGCCUCGUGGACAGGGAGCGUGAGGCCGUGGGCGCGAUCUUUGAGGAAUGCUGCGGCGACGAGGGCUGCCCGGUGUGGCGUGCGAUCGGGGAUGAGCUGUUCGGCGGCGACGACGAGGAGGAGGCGCCGCUGGACCUGUGCCACGUGCGCGGGAGCGUCUGCGACGAGGAGGGCCACGCGGUGCGGAUCAACAUGGCGGGCUGGGGGCUGGCGUGCGAGAUGCCGGUGGAGGAGUUCAAGAAGUUCCCCAAGCUGGAGAAGCUGGACCUGAGCCACAACGCGGUGGGGGGGAAGGUGGAGGACAUCUUGGGGGGCCUGACGUCCCUCCGAAAUCUCGUGGAGUUCCGUGCCUCAGACAAUGACAUCGAUGGAUUCGUCGACUCGCUCGCAGUGUGUCGCUUCGCUCGAAGGAACAUGACUACGUUGAACCUGGAGCUGAACGACAUUCAAGGGCCCCUGCCUGGCUGCCUCUUUGAUAAUACAACCACUUUGAAAGAGCUGCACCUUGGAGGCAACAACUUGUCUUCCACCCUCCCUGACGUCUUCUCUGUAAAUUCGACCCUUGAGGCAAUAUCCCUGGAAGGCUGUGGCCUCACCGGGAAUGUCCCAAAGUCGAUCACCAACCUGACAAGGCUGAGGACACUUUUCCUGCAAGAAAACAACCUGACAGGCAGGGUAAACGACAACCUGUUCAAGUCGGACUUCCUGAGGAUUGUCAACUUGCGUGGCAACAACCUCACUGGGAAGAUCCCCUCGAGCAUCGCAGAGUCACCUGUCGUGAUGACCGUCCUUCUGGAUGGUAACAAGUUCACCAAGGUGCCCAACCAGUGGAUGGACGGCAGGGAGGCGGGCCUGUCAACAAACUUGGGGUUGCUAGGCCUCAGUGCCAACAACCUGAAGGGGGACUUCCCGGUGGUGCUCGGACGGCUGCCCAACCUCGGCUUCCUAGACAUAAGAUUCAACCAGUUCAGUGGGCCGCUGCCUGCCGAGACUGGGCUGUUCCCGCAGGCAACGGGGAUCCUCCUGUCCAACAACUCUUUCAAUGGGUCCAUCCCAGAAGAAUGGGGGACAAUAGGCAUCGUAGCAAACACCGCCGUGGUGUUUGAAGAUGAACCGCAGUUCAUUGACUUGAGAAACAACAACCUUACAGGGGAGCUGCCGGAUUUCUUGCUGGACGCAGAGGGGCUUGCGCCUGUGAAUGUGCUGCUGAGUGGGAACAACCUGACCUGUCCAGAUAGUGGGGACGAUGGCGAGCCUGUGUCGACCGCUCAUUUGCCGGGCCUGGAAUGCUGA